UGUGUUAAUAUAUGGACCAUUUUUAGUUUCUUCAAUCUUUCCUGUCUCGACUACCUAGCUUUUUCGUUUUUAGGAACAUUCCAGUCUUAAUUAAUAUUAUGUUCCUUUGAAUUUUAUCGGUAACAAAUUGAAGAACAAAGACCAUGGAUGAGCUUCAUGGAAGCAAUGGUCGAAUGCACAUUGGCGUAGCUCAAGAUCCAAUGCAUGUGCAGUAUGAACAUCACGGCUUGCACCAUAUCGACAAUGGAAACGGUAUGAUGGAUGAACAUACUGAUGGUGGGAUGGAUGAAGGAGUGGAGACAGAGAUUCCUUCUCACCCUGGAAACUCAGCCGACAAUCGCGGUGAAGUUGUAGACCGUGGUAUCGAAAAUGGAGAUCAAUUGACAUUGUCAUUCCAGGGACAAGUUUAUGUUUUUGACCGUGUCUCGCCUGAGAAGGUUCAAGCUGUCCUUUUGUUACUUGGUGGACGUGAAGUACCACAGACACUCCCGACAUCCCUAGGAUCACCUCAUCAGAUCAAUAGGGUACUGGGUCUAUCUGGUACUCCUCAACGGCUUAGCGUCCCGCAGCGGUUAGCUUCUUUGCUCAGAUUUAGGGAGAAACGAAAAGGGAGGAAUUUUGAUAAGACAAUUCGCUACACAGUGAGGAAAGAGGUAGCCUUGAGAAUGCAGCGUAAGAAAGGACAGUUCACAUCGGCUAAAUCAAGCAAUGAUGAUUCUGGAUCCACUGGAUCGGAUUGGGGGUCAAACCAGAACUGGGCCAUAGAAGGGACUGAGACUCACAAGCCAGAGGUUUUAUGUCGGCACUGUGGAAUAAGUGAGAAGUCAACUCCAAUGAUGCGACGUGGACCUGAUGGGCCAAGAACACUUUGUAAUGCAUGUGGACUAAUGUGGGCAAACAAGGGGACUCUUAGAGACUUAUCCAAAGUCCCUCCUCCUCAAACACCUCAGCAUCUACCUCUGAAUAAGAUUGAGGAUCCAAAUCUUGAGGCUGAUCAAAUGAUUGGAGUAGCUGAUGACAUUAGCAACUCACAAAGAAAGCUGGGUGAGACGAAGGAAGGAAGAAUGAGCACUUCGUCGAGCAAUGGAUUGCUCCUGACGUCAAUGUCAGGUCGUCAUGACGACAUGGAAGCUGGUUCUGCUAAAACUGAAGAACAUUCUGAUCAUGAAGAGCUUCAACAUGAUCCUGAUGAUCCUUUUGACAUUGAUAACACCAAGAAUGCUUCUGUUGAAUCUCUUCGUCGUUGGAGGCAAGCGGCUCUUGUGUUGAACGCAUCUCGUCGAUUUCGAUACACUUUGGAUCUUAAUAAAGAAGAACAUUAUGAUAAUCGAAGGAGGAUGAUCAGAGCUCAUGCUCAAGUCAUUAGGGCAGCAUUGCUUUUUAAAUUGGCUGGUGAACAACAACUUGCGUUUGGUUCAUCAUCAACACCAACAGCUUCAACUGGUAACUUUGACAUUGAUCUUGAAAAGCUUGUGUCUAUGACAAGGAACCAGAACAUGUCCAAUUUGCAGCAAUAUGGAGGGGUCAAAGGUGUUGCAGAGAAGCUGAAGUCAAAUAUGGAACAAGGAAUCAAUGAGGAUGAGAAAGAGGUGAUAGAUAGGAAGAAUGCUUUUGGAUCUAACACAUACCCAAAGAAGAAGGGGAAAAACUUUUUUAUGUUCCUCUGGGAAGCUUGGCAAGAUUUAACUCUUAUCAUCUUGAUCAUAGCGGCUGUAACAUCAUUGGCAUUGGGAAUAAAGACAGAGGGUUUGAAAGAAGGUUGGCUUGAUGGUGGAAGCAUUGCCUUUGCGGUUUUGCUUGUCAUUGUUGUUACAGCUGUUAGUGACUAUCGCCAAUCUCUUCAGUUUCAAAACCUCAACGAUGAAAAAAGAAAUAUACAACUGGAGGUCAUGAGAGGAGGGAGAACAGUGAAGAUUUCAAUCUAUGACGUUGUUGUUGGAGAUGUUAUACCUCUUAGGAUAGGUGACCAGGUCCCUGCGGAUGGAGUGCUAAUUAGUGGUCAUUCUCUUGCUAUUGAUGAAUCUAGCAUGACCGGUGAAAGCAAAAUUGUUCACAAGGAUCAAAAAUCACCGUUUCUAAUGUCUGGUUGUAAAGUAGCUGAUGGAGUCGGUAACAUGCUGGUUACUGGUGUUGGAAUUAACACUGAGUGGGGAUUGUUGAUGGCAAGUAUCUCAGAGGAUACUGGUGAAGAAACUCCCUUGCAGGUUCGGUUAAAUGGUCUUGCAACCUUCAUUGGUAUAGUGGGGCUCUCAGUGGCUCUUGUUGUCCUGGUGGCUCUUCUUGUGAGAUAUUUUACCGGAACUACUCAAGAUACUAAUGGAGAGACCCAGUUUAUCAAAGGGACGACUAGUAUCAGUGACAUUGUAGAUGAUUGCGUAAAGAUAUUUACAAUCGCCGUGACAAUUGUUGUUGUGGCUGUGCCUGAGGGACUUCCCUUAGCAGUUACCCUCACUUUGGCUUACUCAAUGAGAAAGAUGAUGGCAGACAAAGCUUUGGUUAGAAGGCUUUCAGCUUGUGAAACCAUGGGCUCAGCAACAACAAUCUGCAGUGACAAAACUGGAACUUUAACAUUGAAUCAGAUGACUGUGGUUGAAACUUAUGCUGGAGGAUCAAAGAUGGAUGUAGCAGACAACCCUUCUGGUCUCCACCCUAAACUUGUUGCCUUAAUAAGUGAGGGUGUGGCACAAAACACAACAGGAAACGUUUUUCAUCCCAAGGAUGGUGGAGAGGUGGAGAUUUCUGGAUCUCCAACAGAGAAGGCUAUCUUGUCUUGGGCGUAUAAGUUGGGGAUGAAGUUUGAUACCAUCAGGUCAGAGUCUGCUAUCAUCCAUGCAUUCCCUUUCAAUUCUGAGAAAAAGCGUGGAGGUGUUGCUGUGCUUCGAGGUGAUUCUGAAGUUUUCAUUCACUGGAAAGGAGCAGCAGAGAUAGUUUUGGCUUGCUGUACACAAUACAUGGACUCAAAUGGUACUCUUCAGUCCAUUGAUAGCCAGAAGGAAUUUUUCAGAGUUGCUAUCGAUAGCAUGGCGAAAAACAGCUUGCGAUGUGUUGCUAUUGCAUGCAGAACACAAGAACUGAACCAAGUUCCCAAGGAACAAGAGGACUUGGAUAAAUGGGCUUUACCAGAAGAUGAAUUGAUUUUGCUUGCUAUCGUUGGGAUAAAGGAUCCUUGUCGUCCCGGUGUCAGAGAAGCAGUGAGAAUCUGCACCAGUGCUGGUGUUAAGGUACGAAUGGUGACUGGUGACAAUCUUCAAACAGCAAAAGCAAUUGCUUUGGAGUGUGGUAUACUUUCUUCAGAUACAGAAGCGGUUGAGCCUACUAUCAUCGAAGGAAAAGUGUUCCGUGAGCUAUCUGAAAAAGAGAGAGAACAAGUAGCCAAGAAAAUAACGGUGAUGGGUAGGUCCUCUCCUAAUGACAAGCUUUUACUUGUUCAAGCACUACGGAAAAAUGGAGAUGUUGUUGCUGUCACUGGUGAUGGUACUAAUGAUGCUCCUGCACUUCAUGAGGCAGACAUAGGUCUCUCUAUGGGUAUAUCAGGAACUGAAGUUGCAAAAGAGAGUUCCGACAUCAUUAUAUUGGAUGACAAUUUUGCUUCAGUAGUAAAGGUUGUUCGCUGGGGCCGUUCUGUGUAUGCAAACAUUCAGAAAUUCAUACAAUUCCAGCUUACUGUGAAUGUUGCAGCACUUAUAAUCAAUGUUGUAGCAGCAAUGUCUUCUGGUGACGUUCCUCUAAAGGCUGUACAGCUGCUUUGGGUCAAUCUUAUCAUGGAUACUCUUGGAGCACUUGCACUUGCUACAGAGCCACCAACCGAUCAUCUUAUGCAUAGAACCCCUGUUGGAAGAAGGGAACCUCUUAUAACAAACAUCAUGUGGAGGAACUUGCUUGUUCAGUCAUUCUAUCAAGUGGCUGUUCUCCUGGUUCUCAACUUUGCAGGAUUAAGCAUUCUUGGCUUGAACCAUGAAAACCAUGCACAUGCUGUGGAAGUGAAGAACACUAUGAUAUUCAAUGCCUUUGUCAUGUGUCAAAUAUUCAACGAGUUCAAUGCAAGGAAACCUGAUGAAAUGAAUGUUUUCCGGGGAGUAUCUAAGAACCCUCUCUUCGUAGUAAUUGUUGGAGUCACUUUUAUACUUCAGAUACUCAUCGUUACUUUCCUCGGAAAGUUUGCCCACACCGUUAGACUGGGAUGGCAACUAUGGCUUGCUUCUAUUCUCAUUGGAUUGGUCAGCUGGCCACUAGCAAUUGUUGGGAAACUGAUUCCUGUACCCAAGACUCCGAUGAGCGUCUACUUCAAGAAACCGUUCCGUAAAUACAAAGCUUCAAGAAAUGCAUAAAACACAAGUACUAGGUUCUCACCUUCCUCAUACAGAAGCAAUAACAGAUAUAACCUGUG